UGUUAUUCAAAAUAAUAACACCGAGGUGCAGGAUUGAGCAAUGGGAAAUGUACUUAAUGAGAUGACACAACCUUAUUUGCCUGCCUUGGCAACUCCCAUUCUGAACGACAUAAAGUAGAGUAGCAAACAUACGCUUCUCCUUCAGAGCAGCUGUGCUGGGAGCUGAUCCUUUGUAUCCGAAUCAAAAACCGAUGUAAAUAAUGAGUUUUAACGCUAGCAACUUUCUGUACUCGUCUUCCACCUUCAACGGAGGGUCCUACAACCCAUCGAAUACGCAAACCAUGGGCGGUGGAAGCCGGACCUCAGCUUCGAAGACUUGGUCCUUUUCCUCCACCGGCUCGGGGGGAUAUGACCAUGGGAAUGAUUACAAAGAAAGCUCGCUAUCCGGCAACGGCAAACAGACCAUGCAGAACUUAAAUGACCGCUUGGCCUCCUAUCUGGAAAAAGUACGAUCUUUGGAGGAGGCCAACGCCGACCUUGAGACUAAGAUACAAGAAUGGCACAAAAAGAAGGCUACUAACAGCAAAAAGGACUACAGUCAGUAUGAAAAGGCCAUCAGUAAUCUACAAGCCCAGCUUAUUGAUGGACAUUUGCAUGGAGCAAAGUUGACAUUACAGAUGGAGAACGCCCAACUCGCUUCUGAUGACUUCAAACGCAAGUACGACACAGAGAAAGCCACGCGCACUGCUCUGGAGAAAGAUUUGGAGGGUCUUCGUAAACUUAUGGAUGAUCUUACCAUUGUCAGGACAGAUCUGGAGAUGGAGGUUGAAGGAAUGAGGAAACAACUUAUAUUUAUGAGGAAGAUCCACGAGGAGGAUAUGCAGAUAGCCGAAGGUCGGAAAAAAGGUUCAUCCGUGAACGUAGAGGUCGAUGCUCCUCCAGCGGCCGAUUUGGGCAAGAUUAUCGCUAAAAUGAGGAAAGAAUAUGAGGCUAUCAUUGAAAAGCACCGCAGGGAGGUGGCAGAACGGUAUAACCAACAGUCAACAACCGUACAGCAGGAGGUAAGCACAAACACGGAGGCAUUGCAGGCUAACAGGAAUGAGAUAAAAGAGCUCAGACGAACCCUACAAACCCUAGAAAUUGAACUGCAAGCGGAAAUCAGCAAGAAACAUGCCCUGGACAAUACGUUGACCGAGACCCAGACACAUUCUGCAGAGCAGCUUCAAAAAAUCCAGACGUUGAUCUGCCAGUUGGAAGCCGAACUGAGCAAAGUCAGAAAUGAUCUAGAAAGACAGAACAGCGAGUAUAAAAUCCUCCUGGACAUCAAAAGCCGCCUGGAGAACGAGAUCGCUACCUACAGACGGCUGCUGGACGGAAAUAACCCCAGCGGAAUAUCCUCAAAUCCAGAAGACACAAGUCGGAAAGUCAGGACAAUAGUUCAAGAUGUCGUAAACGGAAGGGUGGUUUCUUCCACGUUCUCUGAGAUAACCCAGAAGCCAUGAGAAAUGAAGACAACUUAGAGAAAAAGAAAA